AUGGCGCAGGCGUGGAAUUUAGAUCGAGCGGCAUGGCUUUAUCCACUUCGAGGUAUCUAUUACUUCGCAACCCACCGAUUUCUCUGGCCUCUUUUCGAAGCUCGCUUGGUUCCAAUCGUGCUUCUGUCGACAUUCGUCUACUUCCUCCUCUUUUUCUUUACCUACAUUCCGCAAGUGGCAUUCCUUGCCAUCUUCCAAGGCUGGGGCGCAUGGAUCAAUGGUGCCUUCCUGGUCCUCGGUGAAGGGGCAGCAAUCGUGGCGACUUUGUUCGAGGCCUUCUUUGUGGACGAGACCCUAGUCGACAUCUUCGAUUCUGUGCUCGUGAACGAAGGGCAGGAGCAACUGGUGCUUGUCUCCCGAGUGAUCUAUCCUGAACCGGGCGACCCGGCCAGUCGCCUUGGAACACCAACGACAAGCGCGGUGUACUCUCCGUUUUCGUUUCGACAAAUCAUCGAGUUCAUCAUCCUACUUCCACUGAAUUUCAUUCCUGUGGCUGGGACGCCUAUGUUCCUCGUCUUGACUGGAUAUCGUGCGGGACCCUUCCAUCAUUGGCGCUACUUCCAGCUGCUGGACUCGACCAAGCAAGAACGUAAAGCCAGUGUGCGACGCCGACAGUUGCAGUACACGACGUUCGGAACGGUCGCCCUUCUUUUGCAGCUAAUUCCUCCGUUCUCCAUGUUUUUCUUAAUGACGACCGCUACGGGGGCUGCUCUAUGGGCCUCAGAUCUUGAGCGCAAGCGGCAAGAAGCACGCCAGCAGUCCACCCGACCAGGGGUAGGAUAUCGCGAUCAUGCACCCGCAUGA